AUGACGAUUGUUCAUAUGGUAUUUUUCCGUUUCAGGCCCGAGGUGACGCAAGAACACAAAGAUACAUUUGUGCGGGAGCUGAAGAAGCUUAAGAACCUCCCAUGCGUUAAAGAUAAUCGGUUGAUAGUCGGUGGUCCGUCAAUAACCGACCCAAUAGAAAGGAGCAAGGGUUUUGAAUUUGCUCUGGUGAGCUAUCAUCAUGACCGAGCAGCAUUGGAUGCAUACCAAGCUAGUAAAGAGCACACUUGGGUGACGCAGACUUACCUCUUUCCAUUUAAAGAGGAUCUCUGCAGGUUUGAUUUCGAAGUCGACCCCGAGGAUGAAUAUAUGGAUUCCCACAUCCACAUCAUAGAUCCAGAUAGGUUCCCACUGGACCCGGAUAGGGACUACACCCCCAAGCCCGCGACCGUAGAUAACUGUACCGAAUUCCAAGAAAGCCGAGGCAUCAAACACGCCGUAGUAGUCCUCCCCAGCGUCUACGGAACCAACAACUCCGUCCUCCUAGACGCCCUCCGGCACUUCCAAGGCCAAUACCGGGGCGUAGCUGUCGUCGACACCGAAAACAUAACCACCGCCGAACUCGACGAAUUACACGAAGCCGGAGUCCGAGGUCUACGCGUGAACCUAGGUUCCUCCAACGACACCGACAAAAUAAUCCGCGAAGUUGAAUCUAACAUCGCGAUCGCGCGCACGCGGAACUGGGCCGUACAACUCUGGGUCCCGCUCUCAUCUAUGGUAUCCCUACACCCGGUAAUCCUGAACAAUUCCGAUAUAACUUUCGUCGCGGACCACUUCGCGCACACGGAAACGAGUUCCAAGACCAACGUCUCAUCUAGUACCUACGAUCCUUACCGUAGCACCGGGUUUCACGAAGUAAUUGAUUUAGUCCAACGGAAACUGUUGUUCAUCAAGAUCUCGGCUCCGUACCAAAACUCCAAGCAAGACCCGCUGUACGAGGAUAUGCGGAUUAUCGCGCAGACGCUGAUCGCUGCCGGACCGGAGAUGGUGGUGUAUGGAAGCGAUUGGCCGCAUACCGCGAGUAAGGAGGGGAAUGGACCGGGCGGACCGCUGGUCCCGUCGGAUUACCGUGUCGUAAAUGAUGCUGCGCUGGUGGAGAUCGCGAAGGAUUGGGCUGGUGGCGAGGCUCAGGUACAGCGGCUGUUUGUCGAUAACCCACGGAGAUUGUGGCAGUGGUAUAGCGAGGACUAA